UGGCUGCGUGGGGGAGCCGGUGUGGGCGCAGCGGAGGACUUUCCUAUAAAAGCAAGGAUCCCGCGGACAGACGAGCCUGUCUCUCUCUCUCUCUGUCUCCGGCGGACCAGAGACGCGAUUCCCCGCCAACACCUUUCGCUAUUUCUCCCAGGAAAAAAACCCCAUCUCAGCCUGACAUAAUAAAAAAAGGGAAUUCAUAGUUUGUGGUUCUGACUGACGCUCCAGCGAGGAUGUCCCGGACCGACGAGGUGCACCGUAUAACCGAGAAUGUCUACAAGUCCAUCAUGGAGCAGUUCAACCCCUGCUUGCGGAACUUCAUAGCCAUGGGAAAAAGCUACGAGAAGGCGCUCACCAGUGUCACAUAUGCUGCAAAGGGCUACUUCGACGCUCUGGUGCGGAUGGGCGAGAUGGCCAGCGAAAGUCAAGGCUCUAAGGAUCUUGGGGAGGUGCUCUUUCAGAUGGCUGAAGUGCACAGACAGAUCCAGAUCCAGCUUGAAGAGAUGCUGAAGUCUUUCCACAACGAGCUGCUCACAGAGCUGGAGAAGAAGGUCGAGUUGGAUGCACGCUACCUGAACGCUGCACUGAAGAAGUACCAGACGGAGCACAAGAGCAAAGGGGAGAGUUUGGAGAAGUGCCAGGCAGAGCUGAAAAAACUGCGCAGGAAGAGCCAGGGCAGCAAGCACCCGUCCAAGUACGGAGACAAGGAGAUGCAGUAUGUGGAGGCCAUCAGCAAUAAGCAGAGCGAGCUGGACAACUACAUCGCUGAAGGCUACAAGAACGCUCUGUCUGAGGAGAGGAGGAGGUACUGCUUCCUGGUGGACCGCCAGUGUGCCGUAGCCAAGAACGGCAGCGCCUACCACGGCAAGGGGAAGGAGCUUUUAUCCCAGAAGAUCCCUGUGUGGCAGCAGGCGUGUGCCGAGCCCAACAAACUGCCAGAUCGCGCCAUGUUCCUGGCCCAGCAGAUGAGCAGUGUAACGGGCACCAUGGUUCCCGGUGGUCAUCAUCCAGGCAUGUCUAUCUCUGAGCCCAUCCCUGGUGCUAAACCCCUGCCGGUGCCUCCUGAGCUGGCGGCCCUCAGGGCAGGUGGAGGCAUGGGACAUCAGAGGCUGAUGGACGGAGGGAUGCCGGUGAUGAAUGGCACAGGCGGCGCUCACGGAGGGGAGGACUACCAGCAGUGGAUGGAGGGCAAGGUGGCCCAGAGCAAGGCCUCACCGCAGACCCAGCGGCACGGAGGGGAGGGCUACUCAAACACCCUGCCUGUGCGCAAGGUCGCCCCGGCCAAGAGCAAGACCACACUGACGGAGACUCGGACGCUGCCUCGGUCCAGCUCCAUGGCAGCGGGGCUGGAGAGAAACGGGAGAACUCGAGUCCAGGCCAUCUUCUCCCAUGCAGCCGGCGACAACAGCACCCUGCUCAGCUUCUUUGAGGGCGAUGUGAUAACCCUGCUGGUCCCCGAGGCCCGUGAUGGGUGGCACUACGGAGAGAACGAGAAGACGAGGAUGCGUGGCUGGUUUCCCUUCUCGUACACGCGGGUGAUCUCGGACGGUGACAGCAACUCAAUGAGGCAACUUCGGGUACACAACCUCCACGGGAAGAGCAGCAGCACAGGCAACCUACUAGAGAGAGAAGACAUGGCUCUGCCCGUCCCUGAUUACGGCCUCCACUCCCGUAUGGAGGCACAGAGCGCUGCUGCUCUGCAUGGCAGACAACAACAACAACAACGCCCCUACAGCGUUGCGGUGCCAGGCUUCUCACAGCAAGGAGUCGAAGAGUACGAGCCCCGCUUCCCCACAAGUUCCACAGAGGGCAAAUUGAUUUCGACAGUGUGAGGACAGACAGACAAACAGGCACAGACUCAGCCAGACGAUGCAAUAGGACAGGCACCUUGAUGCCCCCCCUCAACCAACCCCUGCCCUCACCCUUACCCCUCCUCUCCUGCCUCCCUGCCUCCCUGCCUCCCACUUACAGCAAUAAACUCUCCCUGAGCCAAUCAAUGCAAGGAAGAUGCUUUGGUCUGUAUCUUUCCCUCCCUCUGAUCUCCCUCUUUCCUCCCCCAAUCCCUCCCCGUGCUGUCUAACUAUCCGGUUGCCUCACCGACUACUGACUCCUUGCGAUGCCUCGGUGCCGCGCCGCGCCAAACCAGAACAAAACAGACUCUGUGCCAUCCGAAUAUUGAAAAUCAAUGUGAUGGACAUUUUUCUCUGAGGAAAAUGUAUCUUUUGCUUGUCUUUCAUGCAUGUACAUUUCUUUUACAUAUCGCUGGGGAUUCUAUUUCCCCACCAAAAGGAACCAGAUUCUCACAAAUGUCAGUGCUCUCCAUCAGAAUGACAAUGUAAAGGAUAUGUAAAUCAGGGUGUGUGAAAUGAAUGAUGUUGAUCCCAAAGAGGAUUUCAAUGUUAAAAAAGAAAAAAAAAAAAAAAAAAAAAAACUGGCAUUACAAUCAAUAUAUUUACUGGGUCUUUCAGUAUUCAAUAAUCAUUUUACCUUGUCAUGCUGUGAGGUUUUGUAUUCCUCUGAGAUAAGAGGCCAUGUAUCACGAAUAGUGAACAGCUAAUAUCAAUGUUUUAACUUACGGAGUGGAGACAAUGUGACGGGAAUGUUGACUGUACAUACAUAAAUGUGCCAUACAGAAGUGCUUGUCAUAAAGUAUCUAGAAUCCGUUCAUUCAACAACAACAAAAACGCACCUUAUUGAAAAUAAUCGUCUAUAUUUCUGACUUUCUGUAAACAAACUUACUGUAAUAACGUUUCCAGUAUCAGCCUUUGGACUUGUUCUCCACCAUCUUAUGGAGGGACACUGUGCUCUGACACACAAACCCAGGUGCUCGGGGGUCCUUUGGCUAUUUAUUGUGCGGUGUGAAUAUCAUGCCAAGGCUGAAUGGGGUCAACUCUCCCUCGUCCCUGAGCGACAUGCGAGGCUCGGAGUUUGGUUCGGAAAUCGUGAAAAUUGCGACGUUUUUCUUAAACAAAAAUGCUGACCAUUUGCUUGCAUAUCAUUGUAAAUUUGAAUAUCUUUGAGAUUUGGACUGUUGGUCUGCCAAAAAAAAAAAAAAUUUAAAAAAAGCAAUGAAAAAGCAAUUUAGAAGACUUUGGUAUUUGGACAUGUUUUUACAUUUCGCAGAAAAGAAAAAAAUAAUAGGCUGAUAAAUUCAUUACAUUUUUAAUAGUUGCUGCCUUAGCUAGGUUACCCAUCGUUCAUGCAGAAAAGAAAAGACAACUGGAACUGUUGUCUUGGCUUGGAGCACAUGAUCUUCAAACUCUACUUAUAGUACAUAUUAUAGUGCCUCUUACUGUGGAUUAAAUUACGAAUGUGAAUGAUAUAUUUUUAUGGCAACUUAAAGCUAUAGUGCGUAGUUUCUGUCUCCCCCCAUGAGGAAUUCUAAGUAACGACAACAAAACUGUCAGCGCGUCCACAUGAUACAAGCCUCCCGUGAUCUCGCACCGCCCCCUCAUCCACGCAGCUGCUAGUAGCCAAGGAGGACACGGAGGAUUAAAAAAACAAUGAUAAUGAGGUCAUCAUCUUCACUCGAGUUUCUGCCGCCGGACGCCACCAAUCUUCUGACCAUAGUCCUACUGAGAGAUCCAGAGAGAGUUGUGUGGAGCUGAUAGUCUUCAUUAGCUUUGUAGCAACUCAUCUGGCAACCGCUUGAAUGUAAUGGACGUUCAUUAAUAUCAAAAAGAUACGCGCUGAAGCUUUAACACUUCAAAUUGUCAGUAGCAAAUAUGCUGAUGAACUUCUGGAUCCAGAGAUUCAAAUGAGGCAUCAGCAGCUGAAACGGGGUCUCCGUGAAGGGCCCGUAUUUAUGGCACUGCCUCUCUGCAGCCUUGAUGGGGAGGGGAGUUCAUUUGAUGUUGAAACCUCAUUCAGCCUUCAUGUACUGUUGCCUUUUCCAAUUUAAAGGCUUGAUUUUUUAAAACUCCCAGCGAGUGAAAACACCAUGUUUUGAAGAUUUAAAGAAGUGUUUGUCUGAUUCUCUCUGUGCUAAAUAAAGACGCUGGUCUGCCUGUCUGUAUGUCGGCCCAGUUAGUGCCUGUCUUUACUAACCACUGUCCCCCUGUCGGCAUCUGACGUCCACCAACUAGCCGAGUGGAAUUGAUCUUCCUCAUAUUGUUGGCUUCUCAAUCUUUUAAAAAAUUUUUUUUUUUUUUACAAAAAUAAUCUCAUCCAAGUACUGUCUUUACCAAAGAGUGAAGGUGAAAAUUUUGACUGUGCACCUCUCCUAUGCCUCCUUCUCUGCAGAAAUGUCUGUCUUUACCAAAUAUUGAAUGUGGUCAAGUCUUAAAAUAGUUUUUCUCCAAAUUAGUGAAAAAGUGAGGAAGAAACUUUCACUUGUUGCCAACAAUUGAUAAGGUUUUCUCAUACCAAGACUCACUUCCCUGAUCAGCUGCAUCCUACGUUGUAGUUUUCACUUAUUUUCAGUGGAACAAUUCAAGAUGGACUUUUUUGCAUUGUAGAAAUGUUUCUCUUGCUUCACACUGUAUGUCUGCAUUUUGCUUUCCUCUCGGUUUGUCUGUUACCUAACACUCGUCUUCCCCCUCAGCUUUGCCAACCCCCCUUUUUUCCCAUCUCUGUCUUGAUACAUUUAGAGACAAAAGUCCAGUGCAAACGACUGGAAGCUGCCAGUGUUUCUUCUUUCUCCACUAAAAUAAGCCCAAGGUAUGACUGCCAUCGCUGCAGAGAUAGCACACCAACCACCUGUGACCAAAUAAGUCCUACAUCAACUGAUGUGAUGUGAUUUUAUUUUUUGAGGAGUUUUCUUGUAAAAUAAUAAAAAAACUACAUAUAUUGUACAGAGGAUUUAUGCUCAUGCAUGCUUUGGGGGCACCAAAAAGUUUAACAUUGAUGACCUCAAAUGUAUGGUGAAUUUCUACUCUAAAAAUAUGAAAUAAAUUAAUUCAGCUGAA